UUGUAUUCAUUUUGACCAUGGUCCCUACUUCACCUCAUCCAUUGAGCGUUUAUGUCCCGUCUGGCCCUCCACCUCCAGUCCUGUGGAUGUAAAAGUGAUCAUAGUGUUCACUUAGGAGACAAUAAUGAAGAUAUCGUUUUUGAAAUCAGAGACUCACCAAUUCUUGUCCUUCUGGUCUCCUUUUUUAACGUAUCUUAAAGGGCCAAAGGGAUCAGAGUAUACAUGACACUGAGAAUGCACAAUCCUUUAACGAUAGUCAGCAUGAUGCAUGUUAUUUUCAACAGUCAGAUCAGAUUCAAAUCAAGUGUCCGGGACAAACAAACAGAGCAUUGGGUUGCCACAGAAACGGGCACACCCUCACUCCUCUACAAAGAGAGGAUGACACAAGGUUUCUCACUUUGGGAUAUACUGUAUGUUUUGGGCACAGCGAUCAGAUAACUCCCCUAUUGGCCAGUAAGGGAGCAGAUAACAUUUCAUGUUUCUUUUCUCAGCUUAAGAAUGUGCAACACUUUGGUUUUUUUCCAUUUUGCCGGUUGAUCUUGUUCGUUUCAGCCUUUUUUCUUACACUUCAUUGAUUUUUUUUAUUGCAUGAAGAAAUAAGAGACAGGGAGGUGGACUUAUUAUUGCUCCAUUUGAGGGAAAAAAAACAACAAAAAAAACAGCCAGUUGCAUUAGUCUGGCUUUUAUCAUUGAAGACAUUUCACCUUUUCUCCGGUUUGCAUCUAGAAUACAGCAAUAGAACUGCAGGUCCACCGACUUUAUGUCUAUGAAAAGAGUCUAAACAUGUCACCCAUUUUAUUUAUUUAUUUUUUUGGGAAGUUCCCCGCCGGUGAAGCGACAAAAUACGUCUUUUCUGAUCACGAAUAAUUCGGGAAAACUGGAUUGAACAAGGCACACCUACAGCUGCAUGAAAUGACCUGACAUGCUUUUACUUCCUGCAUGUCAGCUCAAACACACAAUUACUGUCUCCGCUCUGCUACUUUCAUCAGUGGCUCCCUGCUGAGGAGGAUUUAAAGAGGGAGAAGAGCCUUAACUGGCAUUUCUGACAUAUAUAUCACACUAAGGAUUUUUUUUAUUUUUUAUACAAACGUAUUUAUUUUUAUUAAUUUAUUUGAACUUUCUUCACAGAUUCUCACAUGAGGUUUCAAAUUAGAACAACAUGGGAUUAAACAAAGAAUUCAUGAUUGUCUUUUUGCUGUUGGGACCAAUGCUUUUCAUCACUUUGACAAUUCAUGGAUGGGAUUUUUAUCAGAGAAAUAUAGCACCAGAAACUACAGAACGCCAACGACUAAGAAAGGAUCUCCUGAGGAAACACUGUGCAAGCGAGAACCAAAGUCUGGUUAGCUUGAAUAAUAUUGACUUGAAUAACUUUAUUGUGGACGACAAACACGGAAUCAUCUAUUGUUACAUUCCUAAGGUGGCCUGUACCAACUGGAAGAGGACUCUGAUCGCUUUAAAACACGAUGAACCAUAUCCUGACCCCAUGUCCUUUAAAGGUGACUGGGUUCACAAAUUUGAUAGAUUCCGACUCCUAAAGCACUUUCCAAUCCAAGAGAGAAAGGCAAAACUUCAGCACUACACCAAGUUCCUGUUUGUCCGCGAUCCGUUUGUGCGCCUCAUCUCCGCCUUCAGGGACAAAAUACAGCAUUAUGACAAGUACUUCUAUGACGGCUACAUAAGAGUCAUGUUGCAACGUUAUAACAGCCAGAAUGUUGUCAAAAAUAAUGGGACAAAGAGUAAGUAUCCCAAACCUUCAUUUCAUAACUUCAUUCAGUACAUAGUGGACCCACGAACAGAGAGAUAUGCUCCGUUUGAGCCCCACUGGAGGCAGAUGCAUCGCCUGUGCCACCCCUGCCUCAUAGAUUAUGACCUGAUUGGCCAUCAAGAGACUCUUCAAGAAGAUGCUCAGGAGCUGCUGAAGAUGUUAAAGCUGGAAGUCGACAUCAAGUUUCCUCCUUCCUAUGAAAAUAUGACUUCUCAUAACUCUAUUACGGACUGGUUUCAAAGUGUACCACUGGAAGACAGGAGGAAGCUGUACAAGGUUUAUGAAAAGGACUUUCAACUGUUUGGCUACAGAAGACCAACCGAACUUCUGGAUGAAUGAUCUGAUGUUAGGACUUUACCUGUUUAUUAUUGAAAUGCCACAGAAAAUUAAGUACACACAACAGUUUCACACAACAUAAGAUUUAAUUAGUGACACAAAUCUUUCAUAGUUUUAAUUUUUGUAGCCAUCAUAAUUCUUCACUUACUGUGAAAAAACCCCAAUAUAUAUGGAAAAAAUCGUUAUUUUUAAAAUACAGAUUUUUAAUUUUCUAAAAAUCUUUCUGCUUUUCCCCUGUUUAUUUUUUAAUAAACCAAGCCACACUGUUGUACUGUCCAAGCAACUGUAUUUAUUUGACUCAAGCUGUGAUUUAUCAAUAAAAUUGAAGGAACAAGUCUAUGUUUUA